GUAACUCGGUAGUUUACACUAUGUCGGAAACUUGUGUGCUCUCCACCUGUACAAUGUGAUAUGUCAACCCUUUAAAUCAAUGGUAAUAUUCAAGUGACGGUAGCGGUAUUGUAUACAUACUAAAAUGACUGAGGUAGUGGCAAAUGGGCCAGUUUUGGCUGAUUCAACAUUUAGGACCAGACCUAAUUUUUCUAGUUAUUUGUAUGUAGAUGCUAAUGCAGGUGGCAAUGCUGUACAGCAGAUAGAAACACAUCGUAGAGCUCGGCAUAUGAAGUUUCCCACUCUCACAGGUAGGGGAGAUGUUGAUUCUUUUACAACAAAUGUGAAAACUGACAUUGGUUACAAGAAGUGGAAUGAUGAAGGGGAUUUUCGGUCCAGUGCUCCUUAUAGGGACUAUGACAACAUUGUGGACCCUGUAUCAGGGUUUGUCAGUGCUGGUGGUGAUGUUGAUAGGAACACUGGGCGUAAAAAGAUUAACUCCCUAGUACAAUUGAAUGAAACACCCCAGGCUGUACCCCCUCAGGAAAAGAAUUCAGAUCGGAAGAAGGAACAGAAGGCCCCACCAGAACUGAGACGAUCAAAUACGUACGAGCCAGGUGCCCCAUCUAUGUGGAAUAGUCGUAGUGUUUCUGACAUCUGGAUCAGAUCACAGUUGGGAGGUUGGACCAGUGAUUAUGACCCGAGACAACCUGCCCCAGAAAUGAGUAAAUGGAGGUCAAAGUUUUGCAUCGUGCCUCCAAUACCAAAGGAGCGUGGUCCACUUGAGAGUAUACCUGAGUCUGCCUUUGUGCCGAAGCCUCCAUCAGAACAGAGUCGUGAUGGACGGGACCAUCUGGCAAUGAAGUAUAAGUACGGCACAUCCACACAAAAGUCUUUUGAGGAAGUACCAUGGGACAACAUGCUCCACCCCAAACAAUGGGCACCUGUCUCAACCAUAGAGGAUAGGCCGGACAUGAUAUCACAAACCUACACGCUCAAACGUUACGACCCAGCAGCUCAGGAAUGGCAGAGUACCGGGCGCUCCUGGGACUGGUUCCAGAAAAGACAAGGCUACUACAAGAAUCAACCAAUUGUCUUCUGUAGUUCUAACCCACGUGCUCAACAGAUCCCAAAUUAUGGUGGCUCGAUAGGAGCGGACAACCUAGAUGAAAUCGACAAUGCUCAAGAACCGUUUAACCCUUACACUGUGAAGAGGGUUCCCAUUCCCCGCUACAGCGAAACAGGACACCGACCAAACAUUCCUGGUUAUAAAGGUUGUACACUAUGGAGAGGUGUAUAUGCCCCAGCUCAUCAAAAGUCACAGGCUACGACUGCCAUCACCCACAAGUCUUUACCCAUCUCCCCAAAUACUUCCGAACACAAGAAGGACUCGAAGAUGUCCAGGAUGGUUACAACUGUUCCACCAUGUAAUCCCUUCAACCAGAUUAACAAACUUGAGGAAAUCAUCGCCACCAAUAAAUCUGUGGCAUAGAAGCAUAUUUAUCCCAGUAUAUCGCUCUUCUGGGUGGGGAUGAAAUCUGAUAUUUCUUUUGUCCAUAAUGACACUAGUUUUGAAUUCAAUUUUCAGAGCAUUCAUUUCACAGUCUUAAGAUAUUACUGUCCCGGCUGCGUUAAAAAGUGAAAUUUGAAUUCUUUCAAUUAGGGGUUUUAAAUCUUUAUUGAUGUGAAUAUGACUUCCAUCACAACUACUUGGAAUUACAUCAAAGGCUACUGGAUUUGUAAGGUGAUAUGAAUGUAUGAGUUGAUGUCAGAAUCUAAUCAUUUUCUAAAUGUUUUUUUUUAUUUUUUCAAUAUUACUUCCAUAAUUGUUAUGUUUGUCUUGUUAGUUGGAAUAGUGUCAGAAUCUACCUGUCAUGCAUGUGUAUGGCUAUAAUGUUUAUAAUAACAUGGUAACUGGAAGAAAAAGUUCUAAGUUACCCUGGGUGACAGUUGAUAGCCUUUAGUUACCCUGGGUGACGGUUGAUAGCUGUUAGUUACCCUGGGUGACAGUUGAUAGCUGUUAUUUACCCUGGGUGACAGUUGUUAGAUGGUAGUUACCCUGGGUGACUGUUGAUAGACGGUAUUUACCCUGCUGGGUGACUGUUGGUAGCUGUUAGUUACCGUGGGUGACAGUUGAAAGCUGUUAGUUACCCUUGGUGACUGUUGAUAGACAGUAGUUACCCUGGGCGACAGUUGAUAGCUGGUACGUUAUAGUUACCCUGGGCAACUGUUGGUAGCUGUUAGUUACCCUUGGCGACAGUUGAUAGAUGGUAGUUACCCUGGGUGACUGUUGAUAGCCGGUACUUACUCUGGGUGAUGGUUGAUAGCUGUUAGUUACUGUGGGUGACUGUUGAUAGCCGUUAGUUACCCUGGGCGACUGUUGAUAGCUGUUAGUUACCCUGGGCAACUGUUGGUAGCUGUUAGUUACCCUUGGCGACAGUUGAUAGAUGGUAGUUACCCUGGGUGACUGUGAUAGCCGGUAGUUACCCUUGGCGACGGUUGCUAGUCGUUAAUUAUCCUGGGUGACAGUUGAUAGCUAUUAGUUACCCUUGGCAACGGUUGCUAGUCGUUGGCUACCGGACUAAUUGUUGCUAAUCCCUUGCAACCCUAUACGACAGUUGCUAUUCUUUGGCUACCUCAGCAACUAUUGCUAAUCCUUUGAAACCCUAUACGACAGAUGAAAGUCAUUAGUUACCUUGGCAACUAUUGCUAAUCCUUUGCAAUUAUAUACGACAUUUGCUAGUCGUUAGCUACUUUGGGCGACAGUUGUUGGUCGUAAGCUACCCAGAGUGAUGACUAAAAUGUGUCUGGUAGUGUAAGCGAUGUAAGGUUGACUUCAGUGCAAUGAUACCACUGGUCUAAAACAGUAUUAUUAUUGAGUUGGAUUAUUUUGUUGUUACUGUCAUAUUGUUACUGUAUUUGUCUACUUAACGUCUAUGCUAUAUUAAGCUGAAAGGCAUGUGAAAGUAUUUCAUCAUGAAUGAAUUUUAACCACCGUUGUACCUUUCAUCAGAAGUUAAUUAGGGUUAUGCCUUGCGUUAACUUAUCUUUAAAAUAUAUACAAAUGAGAUGAAAGGACAUUAUCAUAGGAAAUGUACUGUUCUGGUGUACAAUAUUUUGUGACGAAGCUAGUAGAGGCAGUAGGAUAUUUUAAGUAGAGAUAAAGGUUAUACAACUUUUUAAAGACUAAGGAUAUGUUGUAACGAACACAGGUGCUGUAUAUCCACAAUGUCUUUGUCUCAGUUUAGUAUUGCUCAUCCGGCUGUGAUACAUUUUUACAAUUGUCAGUGUUUUAUAUAUAUAUAUAUAUAUAUAUAUUCCCUUAUGUUCCUAUUUUCCUCUUAUCUUUACACAUGAUUAUGCUUUUGAACUUUUUCAUAUUAUAUAAUCUGGUUUUAUCAUUUUAUCACCGAGUCAAGAUUGAUUGCACAAGGUCUAAAUAGUUAUACAUGUAUAUAUAUAUACCUGAUUGAGCUCUGACAAAGACUAAUUUAUUUUUCCUAGAAACCUUAUGUGCGUCGAUCGACUUGUUCUCUCUUUUUGAUGUUCAAAUAAACAAAUUUUGCUUUCUA